GGUCAUGCAAACUGGACCCUAUUACUUUGUGAAGAAUUUACCUCUUCAUGAAUUAAUUACACCCGAAUUCAUCAGUACCUUUAUAAAGAAAGGUGGUGGUUUCUGAUUGCAAUUGCCCACAAGUGUUGGAUGGGGACGUUGUAACAUGAGGGUAUCCGUCCCCUUAAAAUGAGGAUUGAUGGAGAGGAGAGACUCGCAGUCUGUGUUCAGACGCACUGCUUUCGAGGAAGUGGCUGCAGAGACCCUGUGCUGUCUGAUACCACUCUGUCAAUUACGUGGACACUGGCUGUAGCAGGCGCUGUUAAAUAUCUUACCAAAUUUAACCCUUGCAACAAUGUUAUGAAGCAGGCCUAUGAUCCUCAUUUAACAGGUUCUUGCUAUGCACUAACAUACAAUACAAAUAUUGAUGAAGAUAAUACAGUUGCCCUGCUACCAAAUGGGAAAUUAAUUUUGUCACUGGAUAAAGACACUUACGAAGAAACUGGACUUCAGGGCCAUCCGUCUCAGUUUUCUGGCAGAAAAAUCAUGAAAUUUAUUGUUUCCAUUGAUUUGAUGGAAUUAUCCUUAAACUUGGAUUCUAAGAAGUAUGAAAGAAUAUCUUGGUCCUUCAAAGAAAAGAAACCAUUGAAAUUUGAUUUUCUUUUGGCUUGGCAUAAUACAGGUUCGGAAGAAUCAACAAUGAUGUCAUAUUUUUCCAAGUACCAAAUUCAGGAGCAUCAGCCAAAAGUAGUGCUGAGUACAGUGAGAGAUCUCCAGUGCCCGGUGCUGCAGAGCAGUGAGCUCGAGGGAGCGCCGGAGGUGUCCUGCCAGGCUCUGGAGCUCUUCGACUGGCUUGGCGCCGUCUUCAGUAAUGUCAGCCUAAAUAAUGAGCCUAAUAAUUUCAUAUCAACCUAUGGCUGUCCUCAGCCAAGCACGGUGGUGGCAAAAGCUUAUUUGUGUACAAUCACUGGCUUCAUACUUCCAGAGAAGAUCUGUCUCCUAUUGGAACAUCUCUGUCACUACUUUGAUGAACUGAAGUUAGCUCCAUGGGUUACAUUGUCCGUUCAAGGCUUUGCAGACAGCCCUGUUUCUUGGGGAAAAAGUGAACAUGGUUUUUGGAAAGGAGGAGAACAUUUAUAUAACUUUGUGAUUUUUAAUAAUCAAGACUAUUGGCUUCAGAUGGCUGUUGGGGCGAAUGAUCACUGUCCACCAUAAACAUUACAAAAUUAAAAAUCAUGUUUGCCUACGUU